CUUACACUUAUAGUACACUUAGAAGUAGGGAUGCGUCGAUACCGAUACCAGUAUCUAGUAUCGGCCUCGAUACCAAAUUUUUUAAAGUACUCGUACUCGUUAAAAGUCAUCCGAUACCGGGGACCGAUACCACGGUCGAGAAAUGUCUUUGUUUGUGCGGCGUGUAAGGGGUUAAUCACAGGCGCCGAGUGCCCGCCUCCGGGCCCCGCCUGCAGCUCAGAGCGAGGAGAAGGUGAGGCGAGACGAGACAAUGUCAGCCGUGUGGAACUAUUUCAAAGUGAAUGAAGACGACAAAACAAAGGCGGACUGCAAAUUAUGCUCAGCGAAAUUGUCCAGAGGAGGCUCAAAAGGUAGCGCACUUAACACAAGUAAUUUAAUCAAGCACCUAAAAUCCCAACACGACAACGAGUACAAAGAGUUUACCCACGCUUCUAAACCAACACAACCCACGCUGCAGCAAACUCUUGCAAGACGUGAGAAAAUGUCCAGAGACAAUCCACGUGCUGUUAAAAUAACACAGGCAAUUAUCGAGUACAUUGCAUUGAGUGACCAGCCACUCUCGGAGGUAGAAAAUGUGGGAUUCCUGCGUCUCCUCCAUGUUCUGGAGCCCAGAUAUGAUGUCCCAAGCCGCAGCUACAUGACUGACACGGAGCUGCCUAAACUACACGACUCCGUGAAAAAACAUAUCCACAGCCUACUGCAAGCUUCGUCUGCGUUUAGUUUCACCACAGAUAUUUGGACAAGCAGUGUUAGCCCUGUGUCGCUAAUUAGCCUAACCUCCCAGUGGAUAGACGAGAGUUUCACACCGCAACGAGCCAUAUUACAUGCGAAACAAUUCCGCGGCUCGCACACCAGCCAGGCUAUAGCGCAUGUGUUUGAGGAAAUGCUCCAGACAUGGGGUAUACCUAAAACAUCAGUACAUGUUGUGCUUCGUGACAACGCCAAAAACAUGAUUAAAGCCAUGAAUGACGCAGGGCUCCCAAGUCUGCCGUGUGUCGCGCACACGCUCCAACUGGCUGUUCACGAGGGCUUAUUAGCACAGAGGAGCAUAGCUGAUGCUAUAGCAGUGGGGCGGAAAAUAGUUGGGCAUUUUAAACAUUCCGCCUUAGCCUACUCCCGCCUCGAGGACAUUCAGGGACAGCUCAACCAGCCAACAAAGAGACUGCAGCAGGACGUACAGACGCGCUGGAACAGCACGUAUUACAUGCUCCAGUCCCUCAUUGAGCAAAAGCGAGUGCUGGGGGUGUAUGUGUCCGAGCAUGAACUCCCUGACUUUCUCACCGCUAACCAAUGGGCUCUUAUGGAGAAGACUGUUGCCAUCCUCGCCCCCUUUGAGGAACUAACUAAAAAAGUGAGCAGCUACGACGCACUAGCCUCUGAUGUCAUCCCAGCUGUGACUGUGCUAGUGAGACUUCUAAACAGAGAAACAGACGAGGACCACGGCGUCAAGACAAUGAAAGCAACCUUACUGGCAGCUGUCAAGAAGCGCUUCAGUGACAUCGAGACCAACCCACUGUACUUCAUCUCCACCAUACUUGACCCAAGGUAUAAAGAUCGCUUCUUCUCCCACAAUGCUCUGGAGGCCAAGCUGCACCUGAAGCAGGAGCUGCAGAUGAUGUCCAGAGCUGAGGCAGAGGGGAGUCAGGCAGAAGCUGCAGAACCUCCUGCUAAACUGUUCCUCAGGGCCCAGGCCAGCACUAGCAGCAGUCUGGACACUCUAUUUGAAGAAAUAGCUAAGGAGCAGCCCCAGGCAGCACAGCCGCUGGCGGCAGGUGCUUCCAUUGAGCUCGACAUAUACCUCGGAGAGGCCCCAAGCCCUCGUGAAGACAGUCCUCUAAAGUACUGGGGUGUCAACAAAAUCCGGUUCCCCACUUUGGCUAAAAUGGCCCAUAAAUACCUCUCAGCCCCAUGUAGCAGUGUGGAAAGUGAAAGGCUUUUUAGCUCAGUGUCACACAUUAUAGAUGAAAAAAGAAACAGGCUGACUGCUGAUAAUGCAGAAAAGCUACUUUUCUUAAAAAAAAACCUGCCACUCACUUUUUCUAAAUAGGCUCCAUUAAGUAAGUUGUCUUACACUCGAUGUUAAUACCUACCUCAGUUGCACUGACUGCCAUAGGUCUAUGUUGGUGGAUGUUGUUAGUUUGUUCAAAUAUUGUGCACUAAAUUGAAAAGAUGUUUAUUAAUGCCCCUUGUGGUGUCCAAAAUUGCACUGUCACUGUUUACAUUUUUUUUAUAUAAUUAUUUAUUUUGUAAUAUGUUGAAUACAACAUGCUUUUCAUUUUAAAUAAAUGUUCUUAAUUCCAAACUUGUCCCUUGUUUCUUUGUUAAAUUAUAUGACUAAAGCUGAUACCUGUAAAUUUAAUUCAUUUUUUUAUUAAGUACUCGGUAUCGGUAUCGGCGAGUACUGAAAUGCAAGUACUCGUACUCGUACUCGUUUUCCAAAAAAGUGGUAUCGGUGCAUCCCUACUUAGAAGUAUACUUUUAUAUACUAAAAGUGGGCCAAUUUAGUCCUAAGCGGUAUUCAAGCAGUACACUUACAAGUUUACUACUAGAACAUAAAUGUUAGUACACUUACUACAUAAAGUAUACUUAAAACUAUACUCCAACAUUACUUAAGUAUACUUAAUAUAAUGAACUUGAAGUAUACUUCUUUUUCGU